GAACCUUCUUCGUCCAAAGUCUCCAUUCUCCAUGAUCGCAGAAAUCCACGCUUGAUUUUCGUCAAUUCGGCUUUUAGUCAGUCGAAUUUGCAAGGAAUUUCGCAAAUUUAGUCUCAAAGCAAAAGAUUCAACAUGUCGUCCGGCGUGUCUGCAGCUAAUUCACAAAGGCUUCAGAAACUGUUCGACGGCGUGGACAGCGACGCCGACGAUGCAGAUGAUGGCUUCUACUCAAAGGUGCAAGAGCCGAAGGCCCAUCAAGAUGGAGAGUCAAUUUCCUUCAGCCAGAGCUCAAGCCCUACCCCAUCUCAAAAUUUGCAGCCAAAUGAAAGCUAUGCACUUUCUUUUGACAACCCUAUGAGCAACCAAGAUUUUGUCAUCCUCGAACAACCGCCAGAUGAAAUCCUGCAGUUGCCUUCAAAUGAUGAAAUGUUUGCUGUGAUCACCAAGAACAAAUCUGUGGAUGAAUUGACAAAGGAAAAUGCUUUGCUCAAAGAGAUCUUGAUCCAGAAGAAUGCUGAACUGCACAACUCGCACGAUGUGCUCGAGGUCAACAAGAAUUUGAUUGCCAGCAAUGAAGCCCUAAUUUCUGCCAAAGAGAACAAAAUUGUUGAUUUGAUGAAUGAAUUGAAGCACACAAAGAGAUCAAACAAAAUGCUCCUUAGAACUGUUGUGAAUUUUGCUCAAAAGUUGAAACAAAAUGGUUUGCUCACAAAUUACUACAUAAAGAAGCUUUCAACUUGGAAGAAAGAUCUGGAUGAAAAUAAAGAUGGCAACCAAAAUCCAUUUGAUAUUGAAGAGGAAAAGUUGCCCCCUGUUGAAGAUGCCACAAAAGAAGCACCAAAGGUUGUGGAGCAGCAACUUACCUCUGAGGUGCGGAUUAAGCUUAUUAGAUGUGAUGCCGAUCAAGUUGAGACACCUGAAGCUGCUCCUAUUCUUGUUGAGAAAACUGAAAAUGAUGUCAUGAAUGUGCCCGUCUCUGAGCAGGAGGCCUCAAAUCUGUCUUCCAAGUUGGUUAUAGAUGAGGAGGCCCCUGUUGAAGACCCAGAAGAGAAUACGCCAGUCAUGGGCUCUAAAAUGGAGGUCUCUGUUGAUAUCCCUCAAGUGGAUGCCCCUGUCAAGAACUUUGAAAAGGAUGCUGCUGCCAAAGACCUUGUCAAUGAGGCCCCUGCUGAUGUCUUUGAGAAGGUAGCCCCUGUACAAGAUGAAGAAAUGGAGGCUGAUGCUGAACUGCAGCAAUUGGAAAUGCUUCAGGCUAACGAUGAUCAAAUGGAUGCCGAUGAAGCCUCCAAAGAACCUGAAAAAAUGCAGGUGGACAAAAUUCUGGAGCCAGGAGAGGGUGACAAAACUCAGAUUGAUGUUACCUCUGAAGAAGAUGCCAACAUUAGGAAGUUCAAUGAACGCUUGUUGGUGAGGGUUCCCAGAAAGCAUCUGAAGAGGCUGUCUGUGUCCAUGAAAACCCCUGUGCUUCUUGGAAUUUGGAGGUUCUCUCCCACCUCUGUCACAAAGCGUCUUUUGACGUACAAACCGACCCUGCUCAAGUUGUUCGGUGUGCUCGAUGACACUGCGACAAAAACUUGCAUUGAUAUCGAGGCCAUUCCAUUGGAACAAAUUUAUGAAAUGUACCAAAGUGGCAAUCAGGAGGAAGAUUCGGCUGAUGAUUCUGCUACCUCGAGUGAGGAACUGUCUGGCUCGGACUCCAGUGCUCUGGAAUCUGAAGAUGACAUCCCUGCAGUCGUUGAGCCUCCAAAGGAAAAGGAAAAGACUCGUAGCCAAGGAAAGAAGCCAUCAAAGGUUCAGCAGCUGAAGGGCGAGCAGAAGGAAAAUUCUGCUGAUGAUUCUGCUACCUCGAGUGAGGAACUGCCUGGCUCGGACUCAAGUGCUCUGGAAUCUGAAGAUGACAUCCCUGCAGUCGUUGAGCCUCCAAAGGAAAAGGAAAAGACUCGAAGCCAAGGAAAGAAGCCAUCAAAGGUUCAGCAGCUGAAGGCUAAAAUGUCCAAAAACAACCCUGUUCUCCAGAAAAAGCGUAAUAAGUAGACACUAGGUCUGAUCAAGAUGUACAAGCCUGAGCAACAAAUUAUAAAGUUCUUAGAUCAUCGUCUCCCAAGUACGUUGUGAAAAAUUCUGCUUUUUUAUGUUUCUUUACUCGGUAAAAAUUAUUCUGCCAAAUUGUUAAAACAAUGGCCAAGUCAAUUAGCUCUAUGAAAUAAGAUUCCGUACUGGGGUGACAAAAACCACUCAAAAUAUAUGCAUAAAAAUUGCCAGGCUUAAAUUUUUAAGUUUUUCUCAAGAGGUACAUGUCACUGUAAACAUAAAAUUUUGAAACAAAUAU